CUCGUUUGUUGUGAAACAUAUUCGGACAGCAAAAGCAACACAGCGAACAACCAAUUAUCCUUCAUGAUGCCGUUCAGAGAUAUUGAGUUUACAACCUCGGACGGCCUCACCCUUCGAGGAUGGCUGUUCGUCCCCGAUUCCUUUACUGGAGAGUUGCCAUGUCUUGUCAUGGCACACGGCUUUGCAGCUCACAAAGAAAUGGGGCUGAGGCCCUUCGCGGAAUAUUUCACAUCAACUCUGCGGAUCGCCUGUCUUGCCUACGAUAACCGCUGCAUUGGCGCGAGUGAUGGCGAGCCAAGGAGAGAAAUCCUCCCUGCACUGCAAAUCAGCGAUUACUCAGAUGCCAUCACGUUUGCGCAGUCCUUGCCAGAGGUUAAUGCUGAGAAAAUCGCUAUCUGGGGCAGUUCAUUCAGUGGAGGUCAUGUUCUUACAGUUGGUGCUGUCGAUCGUCGGGUGAAGGCUGUAAUCAGCCAAGUGCCAUUAACCAGCGGAUGGGAAACCUUCCAUCGUUUAAACAGGGCCGAUUUUGUCCCAGGUCUAAACCAGCUAUUUGUGGAUGAUCGCCAGGCUCGUGCUAGGGGGGAAGAGCCUAGUCGGAUACCCGUUGUGGACAAGGAUCCUCAAAAGCGUUCGUUUCUUCCCUCCGUGGACAGCUACAAUGGCUACAUUUCAGCAGAACCGUUGGGUUGGAAAAACGAUGUGACAUUAAAGAGCCUCGAAGCAUUCCGAGCAUAUGAACCUGGAGCACAUAUCCAGCACAUCGCUCCUACCCCAUUAUUGAUGAUCGUCAUGGAUGAUGACGUUGUCACACCUACUGACCUUGCACUUGAGGCCUUUGCCAGAGCUAGGGAACCAAAGCAAUUGCACAUGCUACCGGGAGGACAUUUUGAUCCAUAUAACGGGCCACUCUUCACGAAAAAUGUCCCGGUUCAGGCAAAGUUCCUGCAAGACAAGCUUUUGGAGUAGAAGCUGUUCCUUGUAGGAGAAGUGUUUCAGCUGGUUCUUUUACCAACUUUCCUCGAAUGGGUUUAACGGACUUAGCGCCGAUGGGCCACAUCCAAUUCCAGUCUUCCAAGAGGGUUUACUAGGGAUUUUUAGUUUAUGUCGAGUAGACGAUGAUUUGACAUUAUCUAGUCAAUCUUGAUUGCAAUUGUCUUCGCUCAAUUUGCCCGUAGUAAUAAUUUGGGUAGCAACCAGGAGAGUGCUGAAAAGAAUUGUCCUCCAAGUGGUUUCUGUAUUAUAGAGGCAAAUAGAGUUAUAGAUUCACACGCCUACUUAUCUCGAAGUAAGCAGGUCAAAGGGAC